UGGAAGACUGCCCCCAAAACAAUAUAGGUUUUUACGUUACGUGCCGUGCACCUCAUUCACCAGCACCUAAAUCUCAUUUCAUCAUCACUCAAAACGAUCCAGCGCUGUCAUUUUUCAAGCGCUGGAAUGUGAACAGUACGUGUUGGUGCAUUAUUAUCAGCAUGGUCAUCUUCGUAACAGGUUCGGGAGUCCGCGGUUCUCCGGGACGCGCAGCGGCUGCUGCUGCGGCGGCGACCACCGGUGGAAGCCCGUCGUCGGCCGUGGUGGCAUCCACAGAGGAGCGACAGAACCUGACCUGCUACUCGUGCAACUCGCAGCUGGAAGGCGAGGGAUGCCGCGUCCCGCACAACAUGAGCCUCGCCAUGAGGCGCACCUGCCCGCCGUCGCACCGAUUUUGCACGGUGACCCGCGUGGACUACAGCGUGGACCCGGGCGGCGCGAUGCGGCCCUUCUCGAUCGAGCGCAACUGCAGCGAUCACUGCACCACCGAGUGCGUGGCGGUGGGCGAGCGGCUGCGGCUCUACCUGUGCCACUCGUGCUGCGCAGAAAGCCUCUGCAACACGGGCAACGAGGCCCGCGCCCUGCUCGAGGAAGGGGGCCGAGCACUGCUCGCCUCGCGUCGGCUCACCGUGCCCCUGCUCGCGCUCCUGGUGGCCGCGUGCCUGUGAGGGGAACGGCGAGCUUUUAAUUCCGAUGCUGGUUUCCUGAAUGGAAGCCACGGUUGAACUUGUCGAGGAGAAGAGACGAAUCGUGUGCAUGCACUUUCUCACGUGUUCAUCGUUGAGUGGUGAGAAAUAGUGCGUCCUGUUUUCCUUUCUCGCUUUGAGUUGUGAAGGAGCGCCGCCGUAAUACCCCGGACUCUUCUCGCGUUGUUACGUUUUCCCGUUUUUCUUGCGCUUGUAUUCCACUCCGAUUCCAUUCCGACUUGCCCAACUCGCUGUUGUUAUAUAGAGGUCCACACAGUUUGGCUCUUGGUUGGUUGGUUUGAACGUAGCGAAAUUACUGUUGCGCUGCGCAAGCUUGGACGAAUCAACCCUAGAGGAGCACUUGGUAGUUCGCGCCGGUCGACGUCGCUUGUUGUUGCAUAUAACUCGAAGCGGCGCGAACGGGACGAGGACACGAACAAGAAAGCAACCACGACAGGACGAGCGCUGACGCCCCCCCCCCCCCCCCCCCAACUGAAGUUUAUUCCAGAAAGCACCAGCCAUUUAUAAUCUGCUGAGAACACAAACAAGAACCGUCGAGAUCGACAGACAUGCGCACAGCGGCACUACGAGUACAGGUGUUUAUCCAGUUGCGCUCCUUGCGUUCGACCAAGCUCCUGCCGUGCGAAUUCGCGCCGUUCGUGUUCCGUUUGUGCCGCGGUGGAGCGGCAUCAUUUGGCGCUUCACGAAUCAAGCUGUUCACUGCGGAGGAGCUCAGUUGAGAGUUAUUGAUCACAUUUGGACGCACUGGCGUAUUUACCGCACUUGUACGGGCCUCGAUAAGUGAUACGACGAGAGCGUCCUCCUCCUGAGGGCGAGGCGCUCGCGCUCGAACAGAUGCUUAUACGUUCGGAGAAAGGAGCGGCUAAAUGUAUAGCGAAGUAGGCUAGGAGCAUGCGCUUUGAGUCUGGCUGGAUCUAACUAUAAAAAAAAGGAAUCCUUAUUAGAGAGCAGCUAUAGGUCACAACUUCCGGCGUACACUCUUACAGUGUUUUCUCUCGUUAUGGUAGAUCACAGCAGCAGCUCUCGCGUAUAGUGCACCUUCUCUUUUUGGGCGUAUUUCUUAGUCCCGCGGUAACAGUACCGUGCUGGACGAGCUUAUAUAAUGAGCUCGAAGCUUACAGCGGAUUAAAAGAAAACACCGCGGCUGCGAGCCAAAUGAAGAAAGUAACUGCAUGUGAAGUCCAGUUGACGGGCCGGGAGCCAGAGUCAUCGCGUAUACAUUUUCCCUAUACCUUGAGGGAUGUACCGCGAUGCCCGUGAUCUUGCGAGAUUAUAAUGAAAAUCUGCGAGGGGCGCGUGACAGGAGUGGGUGAGUGAGUCAAGUGAGGUCGCGACUUUUGGCGCCGCAGUCCUUCCUGAGAUCAUCCUUUUACGGAGCCGCAACUUUACAAAGCCGCUCGGUGAUCUGCUGGCACCCGCGGAACCAGGGGGCCGCGGUCUCGCAGUGUGACGCACAGUGGAAUGGGACGUGACCCACAGCUCCAUUUCAUGGCCCGUUGUGAAUUCUCUCUCUCUCUCUCUUUAAGAAAGUGGCGCAGCUACGAAGCUCUCUGAAGGGGGCCAACUGAAUUCGCAAAGCUUUUCUUUCAAAAUAACUAUUUGUCGGUACAGCCUUUCUAUAUUGUGAUACUAUAUAUGUUUGCUAUCGUAACCGGAUGCCGCUCCGUCUCAUCAACCCUUGCAUACUCCAUCUCAGCAAUUCCAUGCAGUUCAGCGAAAGGUAUAUGGGUUGCGUCAGCCAUGCCAGAAAAUAAAACCGGAAUAAGGACUCCUCCAAUAUCAGCCUCUGGUUGGCCUCCACGCAACGCCGGCUGAAUGGAAGUUUCACGAAAUAAUGGGCGAGCCAUCUUCCCUCAAUUCUGUUGAACACACAGCACUCUCUGGUUUCUGACUGGCUAACGCGAACUAAGCCUUCGCCGCACUGCACGGAGUUGGCGAGAUGGAGUACAGGGUAUACGAAGUGUUUUUGUCGUUGUUACGGACUCGCAGGAGACGUGUCGCAUGUUUCUUAAGGGGCACGUGACUGCGGCUAGCCUCGCGAUAAUCCCCACAUCCUUCAACCACCGUCAUCGCCUACUCUGGUGCCCGGGCCACGCGGGGGUACAGGGGAACGAAAAGGCUAACGCGUUAGCUCGAGGGUUUACUGACCGAGCGACGGCGUCCUCUUCUAACCCCAACCACUCGCACUAUCCCUCACAAAAUCCUACCAAUUUAAAUGCCAAAGACAUGCUUGCUCAUCAGCGCGGAGUCCGCAGAAAAUACCCGCCGCCUCACCCACAACUUAGCGGGGAAGAGGCCGCCGACGAUUGGCGUAAAAUACAGACUGGGGUAUUCCCCCAUUUAAAAUUGCUAAAUGCCAUGUAUCCCACUCGUUAUAGGGUCAACUGUCCUUGGUGCGGUGGCAUACCUACCCUAAUUCACGUAACUUGGGAGUGCGCUAAGCACCCUUAUAGACCAAAUACCAGUGACACAAUGGAGCAGUGGGAGGCACAGCUCGCCCGCUCCGACCUGGCAAGACAAAAGUCUUUAAUUAGCCAGGUCAGGCAGGCGGCAGAGGCCAGUGGGGCCCUGGACUGAGAGGCUCCGACCACCCCUCCUUAAUAUCUUUUCCAUUACAAUAAAGUUUCUAUUAAAGUUUCUAUUUGUGAAUACGGGCCCCAGAACCUAGUUGAACGUCAGUGUUGUGACAUAGUUAUUCGAUUAACUGUUUUAUAUAUGCUCCCGUUAUACUGUUGUAUAAGAGAUGUCUUUUUUCGUUAAGCAGGGUGACUGUUAGGCGGGCACUGGCCUACGCACAACGCGACUUUGAUUGUUAGUUUUCUUUUUUGUUCUUUUUUUCUUCUUGGUCUGGAUACAUGUAAAUAAGAAUGGCCUGUAGCAGAUAGCGUGGAAAAUUUGGCCACUACAGCUGGAUUAUACUGCAUAGAGAGGCGGAGAUAUCUUGCUGGAGAAAGCAGAAUGGUUAGUUGUAUAGAUAACAAAAUUUGAUUUUAACAGCUUUGUAAACAAUCAGUUUACGGGAUAUGUUUACAUUGCAGGGGUCGGAGCCUGUUUUUUUUUUUCUUGUUUUUUUUUUCGAGAGCCAUUCCAAUUUGUGAGAGUGUUCCAGCAAAACUGUGCGUGCGUCAAUCUAUCGGGUGUUGAAAUUGCGAUUCAAAACGUCGAUUCAAGUGCUCUGGAAGAUGAAACAGCCCCACUACCACUGCUUCGGCUCCUAUUUUACUCUAACACGCGGUGCGUUUGGGGAUCAUUCCGAGUCAUUAGAGAGUUAUAGCUCAGCGGGUUUACGGGCCAGCGGGACGAGCAGGGCGACCGGAGAGGGCAGCCAAACGCCGCACGAAAGGAAGAGUUUUAGCUCAGCGAUCCUUCGCUCGGUUGAACUGAGUAAAGUCAGAAC